AUGUUCUAUUAAAUCAAAAAUAUAAAACGUUUUGCUUUUUGAAACAUCACCAGUUCUGUCAAAGCUUCCCCAGCAUGUUAUUUUUUUUUUCUUUGAUAUAAAGAUGCUGAGGCUGACCCAGGGACUGUGUCGUUGCACUUUUCUGCAACCCUGUUUGCUCACCCAGCAAAUCUGACGGCUCCUCCCACCCAGUCUGCUGUUUAAUUCCUCUGAGGUGAUGACUGCUUAGUAACCUAAUAAAGUUGCUGGAUGCAAUCCCGAGGCACAAUGUGUGGAUCGUUUUCAUCUGACAGACUUGCUCCCUGCUGCACUCCUGCACUCACACAACCUGCUGCGCUUCCGUAAGUACUGCAGGUCAAAGCUGCCUCGCUCCUAACCUAGGAUGUCUCUUCUGGUUCACUCAGCCGCCAGGACUUAUGAAUAAAAACACAGUAGAUACCACGGGGGCAGACAGAGGGAGAGCAAAUUGUUGUAACGGGAGGUGCCUGUCCUGCUGUAACUGUCAGAGCAUAAUGGUGGCAUUUAAAGGGAUCUGGACCAAGGACUUCUGGAGGGCUGUGUUUGGAGAAUUCCUGGCCACUCUCAUCUUUGUCCUUCUGGGUCUGGGCUCCACCAUCAACUGGGCUGCGGGGCAGGAGAAGCCUCCCCCCGCCGACCUCGUUCUCAUCUCGCUGUGCUUUGGCCUCAGCAUCGCCACCAUGGUGCAGUGUUUUGGCCACAUCAGUGGCGGACACAUAAACCCAGCUGUCACUGUGGCUAUGGUUGUGACAAGGAAGCUGAGUCUGGCCAAGGCAGUGUUCUACGUGGUGGCUCAGUGCCUGGGAGCCAUCACCGGAGCUUGUAUUAUCUACCUGGUCACACCUGCAGCUGUGAGAGGGCCCAUGGGCGUGACCUCAGUGAACUCUGACCUCUCCGUGGGACACGCUCUUCUCGUGGAGCUCCUUAUCACGUUCGAACUGGUUUUCACCAUCUUCGCCACCUGUGAUCCUAAACGCACAGACCUGGGCGGCUCUGCUAGCCUGUCCAUUGGCUUUGCUGUAGCGAUUGGUCACUUAUUUGCAAUUCCUUACACAGGGGCCAGCAUGAACCCUGCUCGCUCCUUUGGCCCUGCAGUCAUCACACUCAGCUUCCAGGAUCACUGGGUGUACUGGGUGGGACCCAUCCUGGGGGCCAUACUGGCUGCUGGCCUGUAUGAGUACCUGUUCUGCCCUGACACUGAGUUAAAGGAGAGGCUGAAACUAACCUUCCAGAAAGACCCGUCAGGGAAAUACAGAGAGGUGCAGACGGAGGACACGUGUUGCAUUAAGCCAGGCUCCAUCCACACUGUAGACCUGGAGAAGGUGGAGAAGAAAGAUCCCUUCCAGGAGUCCACGGGAGAAGUGCUGUCUUCUGUAUGACUAUCACGUGCACUGGAAAUGGAGACCAAUCUGUAAAACAGAUUGACAAUCAAAGUAUGGAUUAUCUACCGUGGAGCCUCUCCCAUCCAAAAUACUUUGUCCUCAUCACAGCAGAAUAUGAUUUGCAUCAAUGAGACUCUACAGCACGGCUGAAUUACUCUCACUGUCAUAAAGCUAAUAUGAUGCUGCGCCUCAAUUCCACAAACAUCGACAAUCUGUCCGAUAAUACUCCCGAGGCCUUGAAUAAUUCUGCAGCAGUGUUGGCAUGCAGCAAACGCCACACACUCUGCAGUACUCUGUGUGGGAGAAAUAUUUGUAGGCCCCCACCAAUUAGCUGGCUCCAUCACGCUGCACCAGAGAAGUGAAGAGGAAAGUUCAGCCUUGUUAUUUCAGGAUUAGUGUCACAUUUGCUCCAUGUACUGUAUAUGUAACAAUGAGGGAGAUUUUCCAGGUGAUCAUUAAACACAUCACAGGUACCGAGGCAAUAAAAGCGCUGACAAGCAUUAUUAUUAUUAUUAUUAUUACAACAAUAUUACAGUGCUCUCUAUUUUCAGUGCAUUACUGCAGGAAGCAGCCCUCAGCUUCUCACCUACUUCCAGAAGACACUGGGCUUCUCUAAAGGUUCAUUUCUAGGUUUUUCCUCAUUUUUGUUUAGUUUUCAUAAAUAUAUAACAAGUACACACUGUGUUGAUGUUCAGAUUAGACUUCGAUCUUGUUCUUGUCACAUGUUUUUUUCUUCUUAGUUGCCGACUUUACACUUAAUUUGACUUAUACACGAUGCACAUAGAUCAUCUGUGUUUGUUGGUCUUAUUUAUAAUAUUCACACAACUAACUCAUUUUCAUUUUCAACUCAUGUAAUACAUUCACAGUUUCACGUAAUAAACAAACAUAACAUUUU